AUGGCUACUAUAUCGCUUAUCAUUCUUGCAAUAUUCUUUACAUUCGUUUCAUCAAGCAAUGAAAAUAAUAUUGUAAUUACUAAUUCUGGUUCUACAAAUACUGCUGGUUAUGUAAUUAACGUACAACCUAACGGACGUUGCAGUUGGAAAGUAACACCUCAUGGUGCUCAUCUACUUAUGUCAACAACACCAAGUAGUACAACUACACAAACAAGUAUUCAACUUUCAUCAGCUCGUACAAAAAAUAUGUUUCAAAUUGCUCAAGAAGCUCAACCAUUUAAUCAAUAUCCAUCUACCAGCUGUAUUAAAAGUGUUUCAUUUGGUACAACACUUCACGUAGCCUAC